AGCUCUGGGGCUUUUGCUUUCGCUGGGUUAGUUGCUGUGGGGCUGCUCUGCCGGCCUCGCCUGGACGCUGACUCCCUGCGACUUAGCCCUGAUCCUCAGGAAGGCAGGCCAUCGAGGGUCCAGAGGCACCCGAGGCCUGGGGGUAGGGUGGGAUAGCAAUGUGGCCGCUACGGGUCUAUACCCGCAAAAAGCGGGCGGGUCAGAGGCUCAAUCUCACCCCGACGCCAGACCUAGGCUCUCCCGCGAAGGCGGAGGCCCCACCAGGUUCGACGAGAAAAGGCAAGGUGCACGGCUUGUCGAAGAUUGCAGAGAAAGCAGAGUGGAGCAGGCAGGGAAGUAGUGGCUCUGGGCUGCCCAGCCCUCGCUUAAGAGUUACAGGAGAGAAAAGUCUGCAAGAAAAUAGGUCUAGUGAAGACACCCAGGAUGAGAAGAUUGCACCGUUGAGUGAAUCAGUUACUGAUGACCUCCAGGUUGAUAGUAGUUCAUCAAAUAGUGAACUAGUAUCAGGAUUAAGUUUGCACCAUGGUAUGGCCAGUUCUCCUCUGAGCUAUUCAGUAACAGACUCUUAUGCAGAAUACAAGAGUUUUGAAGAGAGCUUUCCAUCACCUGAACUGUUCAGAAAAUCAGAUUAUUUAGACUGGGAGUGUCCUAACUUGGAAGAACACAUGCAGUGGAAGAAUUCUACUCUUCUGGAUACCAGUAAAGCAGUAGCGAUAGAGAAGGCAACACAGUUUUCAAAUGUCUCUGCAAUUUUAAGUACCUCUUCAGAAGACUAUCAGAAAUGCCACAGAGAAACAGGGAUGACAGUAGCAAAUCAAAAUGUGUCUCCAAAAGCAAAGUGUGCUUCAAAUUCAGAAUCAGAUAAUGCAGCUUGUGAGAUUUUACUUGCUGAGAAAACUUGCCCUUCAAUCCCUGAUAAAACAAAGAAAAAAAAAGCAAAUUUCAGUACUCCUGGUAAGAAAAACAGAGGCCUUUUAACAAGUACUCCAUCUUCAGAGACAGCUGGUUUUGUGAUUGAUUUGUCCUCAGUGCAAAAAGCAUCUUUUGAAGAACUAUUUCCAAAUGUCAGCAAUUAUGUUAAUUCAAAUGAAAUUGUUCCUGUGUCAAGUUUGCAGGAAAAUUCUUCAAAUGAGUUUCCUGCAAAUGCAUCAGAAAUAUGCUGUAUUAUUAGAGCAUCACCAGGAGGAGCUAGACAAGUGAAAAAUAAAGGUGUUAUUGUAAAGAAGAAGAAAUAUUCUCUUCCUAAGGAUAUCCCUCAAGAUAUCAUAAUAAAAAUGGCAUGAAAAAACAGCUGUGGCUGAAUUUUCACUACUUUGAAGACAGGAAUGUGAAGUCAAAGUCUAUAAAGCAGAAUGUCUGCCUGAAAUUAUAUGAAAUUAAUAAUAAAAAAUUCUCCAGUUAUUUGUGAUAUAUCUCUGUGUUGAAAUUCUACUGAGGUUCUUGUCAUUUACUUUUAAUCAGUUAAGAAAAAAUAAUUAUUCCAUAUGCUUCUUAAAUAUAUGUAUUUAUAUUACAAGAUAAAGAACCAAA